AUGUAUCAUACCCCCGCAAGAAAUGUAUCAAAAUUUUUUAAAUUUUAUAUCAUUUGUCAAUUAUAUUCUAAAUAUAGAACAGAAUAUAGAUAUUUCAAAAUUUACAUAUAUGAAUAGGUCUGGAAAAGAUAUCUCAACACUAUGAAAAAUGUUUAGUUUUAAAACUGCGAAUUAACUUGUAUUUAAUACUAUCAUAAAUAAUUAAUUAAGUAAUUGUAAGAUUACUAUAAUAAUUUUCUUUCCUUUCUCUCCUAAAUAAUUUUACUUUUUUUUACUUGUGUCUUUUUUUGCAAGAGUGCAAUAUGUAAAAGUAGUAGUCACUGCAACAGUACACUUAUUAGUUACAUUUAUGCAUGAAAAGUACUCUUACUUCAUACAUUUAUGAUUGGUAUUUGUUCGCAAUCACGCGAAAUGAUAUAUUUGAUAUAGUUUUUGACAUCCUUUUCUAAUGUAAGCCAAUGUGAAUGAAUAAAAUUGUCAAAUGUAUUCUUAAUAUGAUCUUGAUUUCCUAAACUAUCGCAAUCAUCUUUUCAUUUAUUAGAAAAUUGUAAUUGCCAUGGAAUUUGUUGGUAAAAAUCAUUCAAGGUUAGUGUAAAAAGAUAGUUGAUCGUUAUUGUGACAAUUUGCAAUUUGUCAUGUAUUUGUUGCGUUCGUGAUUAUUAUUGUAGUAUACGAGAAGCAUUCGAACGAUUUUUUGCGACGAAAAAUAUAGAAGAGCAAUGCACCGAGCAAUCUUUAACACGUCUACACAAUGCUUUUUUGGUAUUUAAUUAAAUGUUUUUCUUCUCAUUGAUUUUAUUGAUUUUGAUAAAACUACAUUGGAUGGUUUAGGUAACGAAGAAUGGAGAAAUGGACUCUUCUCAUUUAUAUGAUGCUUUUCAAGACAUCCUUGAGAUAAAAAUGUCGCAAGACGAGUUCCAGGUUUUCUUUAAAAAAAUGGAUACGAGACUUAAUGGCAAGGUGACGUGGGACGAAUUUAUUUCUUACUUACUGAUAGAAUUUCGGGACAUAGAUAUUAGUUUGAAAUCACAAAUGUUGGAAGCGCCAUUAACUGAUCUACCGAAGUUAUUAAGAACGCAUCAUCGCACUCCUGUAUGCAGAAUUACGUUUUGCCCGGAAGUUUUGCCGGAUAGAAGCACGAGUUUCCGCCGAGGUUGUUAUCUGACCGUUAGUCGAGAGGGAGUGAUCAAUUAUUGGUCUUUAGAUCUCGAGUACGAGCGUACCGUCCAAUCCAAGAAUCCAUAUUUAAAGGUGCAAUCUACCGUUAUAACUGACAUGAUAGUGCUACCAGAUGUUCAGAUAGUGUGCACGAGUUCGACGGAAUGCGAUUUGAGAUUUUACGAUGUUGCGGCGAAAAAAUUUGAUCUUUGUAUACUGAUAUCCAGUUUGGAAAAUGCAGUUGUUUGUAUGCACUAUUACUUCAGUACAAAUAUAAAUGAGAAUUCCUAUAUUGUUCUGGGUGAUAUGAGUGGGUCUGUCAUAAUUAUGGCCUUUAAUCCUACAAACAGAGGACCUUUCAAACAAUAUACUUCAUCAGACACGAUUAUUCUUCGUUACGACAAUAUCAUUAAAGGCGAGUUGAGAGGAUUCAACGUCACAGAGUUUAGGAACAUACAUACAAACUGGACGAGCCAAGUGGCUUAUUAUGGAAGCUUACGAACGUUUGUAUCGAGCAGUCAAUGUUCCGAUUGUUCUAUGUGCGUUUUCGAUGCGAGUGGAGCGAAGACGCAAUACAAAUUCCGAGUUCUUAUGGGAAUAUCCUGCUUCACGCUCUGUGACGAGAGUCAUAUAUUAGUGACUGGUGGACCAGAUUGCGUAAUUCGCGUGUGGAAUCCGUUCGUUCCUGGGAAGGCAAAUGCCGUUCUAUCGGGACACCGUUCGACUAUCUGCGCGCUUGUCGUGAUAGACGCCGGCAAGCGCAUUUAUUCUCUGUCAAAAGACAGAUGUAUAAAAGUAUGGGAUGUCCCGGCUCUUAGUUGCAUUCAGACGUAUAACAAAUUACCGAGUGAGCUAAGUGAAUAUGCUCCGAUGACCAUAGUGUUCAACACACUAACUCGUACGAUAAUCAUUGCCUGCAUGAUGAUAGCCAUUCUCGUAUGCGAGCAUGUAAUAAACAAGGAAAUUUCGGAUGGCUACACGCACACUAAGGGCAUCAGUUGCGUUCUCUACAAUCAGCUCUUCCGAGAGAUUGUUUCUACGGGAUUGGAUUCAUGCAUCAUCGUAUGGGAUCCAUGGUGCGGACGUCGUUUGCGUUUGAUAUCACAUGCUCAUAGUAUCAAACGAUACGGGCAGCACGCCGAUAUUGAGAUCACGGCAGCUUGCUUCAACGAUUCGGAGCAAUUUUUGGUGACCGGUGCUAGGGACGGUUCAUUGAAAAUGUGGAACUAUAAUACCGGCGACUGUGUACGCGACACGAUGGUCGAUCAUCAAUGCGAAAUAACGAAUAUCGUAUGGUACGGAAAUCGAAUUCUGUGUUGCGGCUGGAACAAGCACGUGACAGAACUGGCACCUUUCGAGUCUGACAUAUGCAAAAAGAAUUGGACGACCAGCCACACCGAUGACAUCCUCUGUUCGGCCGCGAGAUUGCCCCAAUUGCUAGCUACCGGAACGUACAACGGAGAACUGAUUCUCUGGAGACUCGAAACAGGCGAACCUUUCAGAAAGUAUCAAGUGAUUGAUGUUAGUAGAUAUACGAGAAAGACAAGCGCAGAGAAAGAAUCCGGAAAAUUGGAUGAGAUCAGCAAAUCUGUCAAUCAGCAAAUGAAUCCUCAUGAAAAGACUCCGUGCGCUCAUCAAGAGGCAGCGUUAAACAUUGUUCGUGUUUCCGCGGUACGCGCGAUAAUCUUUCUGGCCAAGCGAGAAGCAAAACCGGAUGUCGGCACGCUGUUGGUUGCGCUCGAUUCCGGCGUAGUACAAGUAUGGACGCAUCACCCCGCGGCGGGAUUUUUAGGCGCCUUCUCGGUUAUCCACACCGUCGGCGAUUGUGCCACUUCUUUAGCCACUGAUCCCGAAAAUCAAUUCCUCGUAACAGGCCAUAGCAUAGGAUACAUAAAAGUUUGGUUCCUCUCCAAUUACAUGUUACCAAAUUCGCCGAAAAUAAGCAUGCCACUAUUGAGAUUGGAAUUUCCAUUCUUAUGGAAGGACAAAAUAGAUGGAAGAGCAAAACGGGCAGUGCGAGGUCAGACAUUGCCGAUCCUGCUGUCGUCUGUACGCGGUCACGCGCAAGGAAUUACUUCUCUUCAAAUCAUUUCCAGUGCGCGAAUAAUAGUUAGCGGUAGCGCGGAUCGCACAGUACGUUUGUGGAGUUUCGGAGGUCGUUAUAUAUCGACGCUGGGCACAUUUAGAGAAUGGAUCCCAAUACUGCCCACGGUGCCAAUACAGAAAUAUUUCGAGGAUUACAAGCUUCCAGCAGACAUUAAGGGACUCGCCAGUUCCACCACUCUGAAGAUACUUCACGGUGGCAUAAGACGAGCACCGAUAGAGAUCGAAGAACAAGAGAUCGAUAUCCCAAAAGAAAUUUUCGAAAAAGAGCGACGCAUGUUGUACGGGAAGAAAUUGGAUAGUUUGAUGCUUCAGACUUAUUACGAAUCACAGUUGCCUGAAAGAACGUACCAGAAAUGUCUACGAUUAGAUAAUACUUUGCCAUACAUACCAAUUUAUACGCAUUUGUCAACGUACUCUUUAGAACCUGUAGAGGUGCAGAAGACACUCUUGCUUGGACAGAAAAUGGAACUUACUAAAAAGGUACAUUUAAGAAGAGCAAUGAAACCACUGCCCUCCCCUGCCACGGAAUGGAUCAAAGGCACUUCUGCAAUAUCGAAUCUAUUGUAACGUUGAUUCUCUGAUGAGAAUUGAAUAUUUUAAAACUUUCUUGAAAACGUUAUUAAAAUAGUAAAAAUAUUUUACGUAUUA